AUGGCCCGGGCGGGCGGCAGCGUGUGCCGCUGCUGCUGGGCGCUCGUCCUCCUGUGGGCGGCGGCGGGCGGCCGCGCAGAACUCCGCUAUGCAACUGUGUACUGGAAUAAAGCUGAAAAAAUACUUCAGGUCAAGAAUACUCUGGACAGGAGUGGAGAUGCUUAUGGCUUCUACAACAACAGUCUACAGACAACAGGCUGGGGAGUCCUGGAGAUCAGAGCAGGCUAUGGCUCGCAGACCUUAAGCAAUGAAGAUAUUAUGUAUGUUGCUGGCUUCUUGGAAGGCUAUCUCACAGCUCCGCAAAUGUAUGACCAUGCUGCAAAUAUGUAUCCACAGCUAAUUAAGACUCCCACCGUUCGAAGAGGAGUUCAGAAUUUUAUGGCGAAGCAAGAUCAAUGGACAAGACAACAAAUCAGAAAUAAUAAGGAUGACCCAUUUUGGAGGCAUGCUGGCUAUAUUAUUGCACAGUUGGAUGGUCUGUACAUGGGAGCCCUCGAGUGGGCUAAACUACAUAAACUAACACCACUGAGCAACUUUGAUGUCCAGUUUCUGAAUGCAGUUGGAGACCUGUUGGACCUUAUUCCUGCAUUGUUUGAUUAUUCUGCACGAGGUAGACAAUGCAGUGUGGAUUCAGGAGGCCAUGGGAGAUACCAGUGGGACAUGGGACACUGCUCUGCACUGAUCAAGGUUCUACCUGGAUAUGAGAAUAUAUAUUUUGCCCAUUCCAGCUGGUUUACUUAUGCAGCCACACUGAGAAUAUAUAAGCAUUGGAACUUCAAUAUAGUUGAUCCAUACACCAGCACUGGCCGGGUCUCAUUCAGUAGUUACCCAGGCUUUUUGGUGUCCCUGGAUGACUUUUACAUACUGGGCAGCGGCUUGGUAAUGUUGCAGACCACCAACAGUGUUUAUAAUGAAACCCUCAUUAAGCAAGUGGUGCCUGAAUCCUUGCUAGCUUGGCAGAGGGUCCGCAUUGCCAACAUGAUGGCAAAUGAUGGCAAAACUUGGGCAGAGACCUUCUCCAAGUGCAACUCUGGAACCUACAACAAUCAGUACAUGGUUCUAGACCUGAAGAAGGUCAAGCUGCAGAGGAGCCUCGAUGAUGGUGCAUUGUACAUUGUGGAGCAGAUCCCCACCCUUGUGGAGUAUUCUGAUCAAACAAAUGUUCUCCGGAAAGGUUACUGGCCUUCAUACAAUAUCCCUUUCCAUGAAAAGAUUUACAAUCUCAGUGGGUAUGCAUCGUACGUUGUCAAGUAUGGCAUGGAUUUCUCCUAUGACCUUGCUCCAAGAGCCAAAAUCUUCCGUCGAGACCAGGGCAAGGUGACCAACUUGGAAAGCAUGAAGUACAUCAUGAGAUACAACAACUAUCAGCAUGAUCCUUAUGCUGAACACAAUCCUUGCAACACCAUUUGCUGCCGGGAAGACCUGAAUCCUUCUAUACCAGUGCCUGCAGGCUGCUAUGACACCAAGGUGUCGGAUUUCCGCCUGGCUGCAGCGUUCACGGCCUCGGCCAUCAAUGGCCCUCCGGUGCAGGGCGGUCUCCCGGUCUUCAGCUGGAGACGCUUCAACCGCACGCGGCACCAGGGCCUGCCCGAGUCCUACAACUUCGGUUUUGUCACCAUGAGGCCCAUCCUGUAA